UUCCAUUGACCGUUUCGAUAAAAGUUCAUUUCAUUCCAACAUUUCAUCAUAAGUUGCCAGUUUGUUGGCUAAUAAUAUUGGAAACCUUAAGAUGGAAUACAAAUUGUUUAUUUUCAUUUUGCAGCUCUAUAGCAUGACUCUUAUUAGUGCUAAUGGAGUCGCGUUAUUUGGUGACCAGUGUAAGCAGGUGUCAACAAUUGACUGCGAAAAUAGUUACAAACCGGAAGGGAACGAAACCGUUUGUUGUUCCGAUUUAAAGGUUUACAACAAUUUGUGCUUUUUUGCAAAGCAAAAGUGUAAGGACCCAUCAUUGACCGUGCUUUACCCCGGUCAUUGUGUCCCAGUAUCUGCGACCCCGGCUCCUGAUCUUGGCAAUACCUCGGAUAUUACGUACAACGACACCAAAGACACGGUUACUGCCAUCCCGACUGACCCAGUACUUGACGCUUUCUGUGCAAACAAGGACGUCAUUGUGUGUCAGGAUGACCUUGACCCCAUAUGUGGCACUGAUAACCAAUUCUACAAAAACAAUUGUGAGUUUGCGAUGGCCCGUUGUGACAAUGCUGCAUUGAGCACACAGGCAUUAACAGUAUGUAAAGCUGCAUUGCGUGUUAGGAGGAUUCUGAGACUCUCGUAGAACAUUUAAGAGAGAAUGGAUUUAAUCCGUCCAUUAUUUAUUCAUGUCGUGCUUUUGAGUUAGUCACAAGGGGCGACAACUUGACAUUUGACCGAAUGAGAUUACGAACUAGUGUUACACCACUGUAUUAUAAAGAGGCUCGUCUAAACAUCAAAAGAACACUUACAUUUAGCAGAAAAUGUAAAGUAAAAUUCAGUGAGUUUUAGGCAGUAUUUAUUUCUACGUCGUCUGUAAAAUAUAUUAUUUAUAUUUUAAAAAAAACCAAUUUACUUUGGUUUAAACAAUAUUUAUUUUCCAAAUAUGUAUCAUACAAACAUAUAUUAAUUUGAUAGGAUUGAGGAGUAAGCUAAAAGCUUGUAUUAAAACCUCUUUCCUGCUAUAUAUUAAACUAUAUACUUUGUUAGUCACCCAGGAAACAAAUUAUGAAAAAAAGGAGUUUUGACGUUCUUUAGGGCAUACCCUUUAACCUUUAGCCUGCUGGCGGCAAGUGAUUCUGCCUAUGCGACCAGUGCAGACCAAGACCAGCCUGCACAUGUAUAUGGAGCUGUGUUUAUUAGGAAGUGAAUUCAAAGUGAUUCAUUAUUUAUUAACUUACUUAUCAUUUAUUAAAAGUUUGACUUUUGUAAAUAAAUAGUUUGUUUCAAAGCAAGAACAUUAUCGGUCUACAGUUGAAGAAAUAGAAGAACCGGCAAAAUAUUAACACAUUUAUUCAUCUUGAAUUUCUAAUGACCGUCCCAUAACUUGUGCAAUUAUCAAACUGUUCCUAGGUUCUUUAUUCGCACAUUGUAUUGACCUGCUCUCCACAAGUUACCUUCCCCACAUGAAUCAGAGGUGAAGAACAAAUGACAUUAAGCCAAUCAUCAUGGAGAAUUAACGCCUCCCUUGGAUUCCAACCUCACCGCCUUCAAAUUCUAAGAGUUUUGUUGCCGGUCAUCUUCGUUUGAAAUUUAGAUGUAGACCAAGGUCAGCUUUUAACGAGAAAUAUCAAGUAUUCCCUCCCUUGAUUAUCUGUUACGAUAAAGGAAUUCUCUCUAAUAGGAUUGCCUCCCUUAAACUACUUGGCCUUCAGGAAAUACAGAGAAAUAUCAUAGUCUAUAAGAAAGAACUGAAAUGUUUAUUCUUUUUGUUAUAUUUUGAUUUGUUCAGUGUAUAAUUAUGAUAAAAGUCAUAAUAAUGACAAUAAUAAAUAAUGUGUUACAAAACAAAUAAUACUUUCCAGCAAGUCAUUAUACAAUAUCUGAAAAUAGCAAUAAAAUAUU